AUGAGUAGCAAAAUGGAAACCCCCAAAGAUUUGUCUGAAAUGACUGAUAGCGAUUUUUCUAAUAUCGAAGACAAAACUGAUGAUAAAAAUGAGCCGAGUGAGCAAAAUGAAAAAAAUGAACCAAAUGAACCAAGUGAAAAAAAUGAGGAUGAAAAAAAAAAUAAAAAGAAAAUUUCAUUAAAGAAACCAAAGAAAAAAUCAUCCAUAUCUUCAAAAACUAGCCAAAAAAAUAAUAAAAAAGUUAUUCAAAAUAAAACAAAAAAAAAAACAAAUGGACUAUUAGCUUGCCCGCCUCCACCUACACAUCCUCCCCCACCACCACCACCUCCAUUUAUUCCAAAAGAAAAACAACAAAAUUGGAAAUUAAAAAAAAAAACAAACAAUUCUGAUAUUAAUAAUGAUAUAAUCUCAAUAACUACUUAUCCAGCUAAUAGUAAUAAUAAUAAUAAUAAUAAUAAUAAUAAUCCACAUUAUAGAAUAAAUGAACCACAUAUGUAUAAUAAAAGUUUAAGCAUUCCUUCCAUUCCUGGUCCGACUCCUCCAUAUCCUUCAAACAUUUAUAACCAUCCUGUCUCUAACAUAAAUUCUCCACCAUGUACUAACACAAAUAUAAAAGUAAAUUUACAAACAAAUCAUAAUUAUAAUAAUAAUUUUAAAAAAAAUUAUAAAAUAAAUAAUAUACCUGAAUCAGAAUCAUAUGUUAUGACAUCUCCAACAUUAAUUUCAUCAUCUGCUCAACAAACAAAUACACCAAUGAAUAUACAUGUUGAUAGAAAGCAUACUCUUAUAUCUAAUAAUUCGAUAACUCAAAAUAAAGAUUAUCCAUAUAUUGAUAUACAACACAAUAAUAAUAAUAUGCUUUCAUUCCCAUCAAGCCCAAAACAACCAUAUUCAAAUAUCUCAAUUCCACCAAACCCUAACUACUAUUCACCAAAUAAUUUACGUCCAACAGAUUAUAUAGAAGAUAAAAUAUAUUACCCAAACUAUCAAAAUAAUAUUGAUCAUAAUAAUACUCCUAAAUAUUACCAACCAGUCGUAAAUGCCUGGAAUGGCGCCGCACCGCCUCCUAUUCCAAACAAUCCCUAUCAAGGAAAUCCGAAAUUUUCACCACAUGAUUAUAACCCCGAGAAAAUGAACUAUAAGGAUAAGCCAAUUAGAAUGGACAAUGCCCCUUAUGAUCCAAAACCACAUAAUAUAAUUAUUACAAAUAUACCAAAAAAUUUAACAUCAAGAGAUAUCAUGGAAACAUUUAAAUGUAUGGGAAAUGUUUUAGGAGCAGGAAUUAUGAUGACCAGCAAGGGAGAACAUUCAGGGUGUGCCUACGUGACAUUCCCAAAUAUCGAAAUCGCAGCAUUGGCAGCAAGCCGAUAUGAUGGAGGGACAUUGAAUAAUCAGAAAAUAAAAGUGUUUAUAGAAUAA